AUGUCCAGAAAAAAGCGUGUCUGUGUGAUUGGCGCAGGUCCCAGUGGUACGUCAGUGUUGUAUCACUUCAAUAAACUGAAAGAACAUGGCAAAGAAAUUCCUGACACUGUGUGCUUCGACAAGCAGUCGGACUGGGGAGGGCUCUGGAAAUACUCAUGGGAAACUGGUAUCGACUAGUUUGGCGAACCCGUCCAUGAUAGUAUGCACCGAGGCCUCUGGUCUAAUGGUCCAAAGGAAGCUUCAGAGUAUCCGGACUACACCUUCGAAGAUAAUUUCAAAAAGACAAUUCCAUCCUUCCAACCCAGAGAGGUUCUCUAUGAUUAUCUCAAAGUAGUUCCUGGACGUGUGAUGCACGCACACGACUUUCGAAAUGCUUAUCAGUUCCAAGGUCAGACGCUCCUCAUAGUUGGCUCCAGCUCUUCCGCUGAGGAUAUCGCCAUCCAGAACCUCAAAUGUGGUGCGAAGAAGAUCAUUUGUUGGUACAGGACUAAGCCGAUGGGAUUAAAGUGGCCCCCUGAGAUCGCCGAGAGACCCCUGCUAGGCAAAAUUGAAGGCAAAUCCGUCCACUUCAGGGAUGGUACGACUGCCGAUGUGGACGCCAUCAUGUUGUGCACCGGCUACCUCUUCCACUUUCCAUUCCUUGAGGAGCGUCUUCGACUGAGGGCCAACAAUAUUUUGUAUCCUGCUGGCAUGUACAAGAAGGUGCUGUGGACCGAGACUCGCAACAACAAGUUUUUUUACCUCGGAAUGCAGAACCAGUACUGCACCCUCACUAUCUUCGACGCACAAGCCAAUUGGGCCGUCAAUUGCAUCACAGGGGAGCUAAGACUCCCUGACAAGGAAGCCAUGAGGAUGCACAAAGACAAAUGGAUCGCAAAGAUGAAUAAACUGAAGGACAGUCACAAUGAUGUAAAUUUCCAGACCGAAUACGUGGUCGACAUCGCCAAGAAUGCAAACUACGGAUAUGACCUGGAUUCCUCCCAACAGCUGCAUGACUGGCAACAUCACAGACAUAGACGUGUUUGCGUUAGCUGA